AUGGCACAACAAGGCGCCUCAAAAGACACCUGGAAGUGCAGACUGCUCUCGCUUCCAGCCGAGAUGGAGAACAAGAUCUACCGCUACACCCUCACCACUCCAGAAGACAUAGAAAUCCGCUCCGCCGCCGAUCUGCCCGUCGGGCCCGGACUCCUGCGAACUUGUCGACAGAUCCGCCCUGAGGCUAUUGGCAUCUACUACCACGAGAACGACUUCGCAUUCCCCAUCCAGAACUUCAACGCCGAUUGCUACAUCAAGUUCUGCAAGUCAUCCAGAAACCGACUAAUGUCCAGCCACAUCUUCCGCAUAUACGAGGCGCGCACGGGUUCAUGGCCGAACCUUGUGCGAUGGCUCAAAGCGUGGUGGGACUAUGAGUGUAGGUCGCUUGAACCUCCCGAAAAAGAGCGACGCCAAGGGGACACGCUGUGUUGCCCACUGGUUCGAUAUCGACCAUCGCGUUCGUAA